GACCCGCGCGCGCAGCCCCUGCCGCUGGUGCAGCGGCCGUUCACGAUCCUGGGGCUGAUGGCCGGCUACACGCUGUUCGUGACGCGCCUGGGCCCCUGGCUCAUGCGCGACCGCCGCCCGUACGAGCUCAAGCGGACGCUCAUCGUGUACAACGCGCUGCAGAUCCUCACCAACCUCUACAUCUUCCAGGGCUUCUGUCAAUUUUGGUUUACGACCUACAAUUGGCAGUGUGAACCGAUUGACUGGUCGGAUUCGGCGAGUGCUUUAGAGUUUAAUGUCUCUGCAGAUGCUGCGGCUGGUGAAUCUUUACUUCUGGUUGAAGAUUGCGGAUUUAUUGGACACCGUAUUUUUCGUUCUUCGGAAGAAAAAAAAUCAAAUAACUUUCCUACACUUGUAUCACCACAGUAUGAUGGUACUUCUCAGCUGGAUUGCAAUCAAAUUUUUUCCAGGAGGCCACGCAACCUUUUUGGCUCUCAUCAACACGCUUGUGCAUGCUAUAAUGUACGCCUAUUACCUCAUUUCGGCAGUAUAUCCCCACACUAUUUGGUGGAAGAAGCAUGUGACACAGGUGCAACUGUUCCAGCACUUCAUCGUGGGGCUGCACGAGGCGCAGCUGCUAGUGUACCGGCCGUGCGACUAUCCUCUGUUCCCGCCCGUGAUGCUGGUCCCGCAGGCGGUGCUCAUCAUCGUGCUCUUCUUGCGCUUCUACCGACGCGCCUACGGCAGCGCGCCCGAGCAGGCGGAGGCGAACCACAAGGCGAAGGCGGCGUAGGCCUCGGGCCAGCCGCAAGCGAAUCCCAUCCCGUGCCCGUCAAAGACGUUAAGGCGGAAUAAGUGCGGCCGUGUGACUGGUCUAGUGUGUUGAUGUACAGCAUGAGUGAGCAAGAAUGCAACUGACGGGCGACAUGCACGCUGGGCAGAGCGGCGGACAUCCUCCACGAGAGACACAACGACUGGGGAAGGGGCAAUAAACCAUGUUCAUACACUUAUACGGUUGUUUGGCACGUUUCCAAGCUGAGGUCAUGAAAAUCUGUAGUUUCGCGGCUGAGAUUUCGUGUAUUGUGGCCUCUGGGUUAAGGGCAGGAGAAUGACUGCCCGAGCGGACUAAACCCUGCCCGCUCCUGAUGUACGGGGAUACGGAUUCGCUUACAAAUUCGCUCAUGAACGAGACCUUUGUCACUCAAGUUCAAUUAUCUUCGGCAAGUACAUCCAAAAAAUCAGGAAAUGAAUCAAUAUUUAAAAAGGUGAAGUAUUCAUGGAUUUGAUUUAACAGAAGUUUUAAAUAUAAAAAAAAAUAUUUGCUAAACGUUGUCAAUAAUCAAUUAAAUUUUAAGAUUAAAAAACUAAUUUAUGAUGAAUAAUAAACUCAGCCG